AUGGGCGGCCCACGGGCCUGGGCGCUACUCUGCCUCGGGCUCCUGCUCCCAGGGGGCAGCGCCGCGUGGAGCAUUGGAGGAACCCCGUUGUCAGGACGCAGGAACUGGUGCUCAUAUGUGGUGACCCGCAUUGUCUCGUGCCAUAUUCAGAAUGGCACCUACCUUCAACGAGUACUGCCCAAUUGUCCCUGGCCCAUGAGCUGUCCUGGGAACAGCUACAGAACUGUGGUGAGACCCACAUACAAGGUGAUGUACAAGACAGUGACCGCCCGCGAGUGGAGAUGCUGCCCUGGGCACUCAGGGCCAAGCUGCGAAGAAGUUGCAGGCUCAUCUGGCCGUGCGGAGCCUGGGUGGUCAAGUAACACCAUGAGACGAAUGGCUCUUCGACCCUCGGCCUUCUCAGGUUGUCUCAAUUGCAGCAAAGUGUUGGAGCUGACAGAGCGGUUGAAGGUGCUAGAGGCUAAGGUGGCUAUACUGACUGUUAUGGAGCAGGCAGUGCUGCCGGCCUCAACUGCCCCCAAAGACCCUGCCCCACUCUGGGGCUCCCCACCUUCCCAGGGCAACCCUGGGGAUGGACACCUGCAAGACCGAGUGGGUGCUCGGGGGCUGCCUGGGCCCACUGGCCCCAAGGGGGACACCGGCAGCCAGGGCCCUAUGGGGAUGAGAGGCCUGCCAGGUCCACAGGGCCCUCCAGGGAGCCCUGGCCAAGAUGGAGCUGUAGGCAGCCCUGGAGAGAGGGGACCUCCAGGCCCCCCUGGGCCUCCUGGCCCCCCUGGCCCCUCAACCCCUGUUGGACCAUCCCUCACUCACAUCUCUGAGCAUGGGGACCCAUUACUAUCCAACACCUUCACUGAGACCAGCAGCCACUGGCCCCAGGGACCUGCAGGGCCCCCAGGCCCCCCAGGCCCCAUAGGUCCUCCUGGGCCUCCUGGUCCCAUGGGCAUCCCUGGGAGUCCAGGACACAAGGGACCUCCGGGUCCUACUGGCCCUGAAGGAACCCCUGGCCGCCUAGGAGAGAAAGGCGAGCGAGGACUGCGUGGGGAACCUGGCCCCCGAGGCUCCACUGGACAGCGGGGAGAACCUGGACCCAAAGGAGACCCUGGUGAAAAGACCCACUGGGGGGAGGGGUUGCACCAACUACGCGAGGCUUUGAAGAUUUUAGCUGAGAGGGUUUUAAUCUUGGAAACAAUGAUUGGGCUCUAUGAACCAGAGCUGGGGUCCGGGGCAGGCCCUGUUGGCACAAGCACCCCCAGCCUCCUGCGGGGCAAGAGGGGAGGACACGCAGCCAACUACCAGAUCGUGGCUCCCAAGAGUCGGAACGAGAGAGGCUGA